AUGUCAGUGGUGGCUACUACUAUCGCGCCACCUCGGGAAAUGCCCCUUUUUGUUGUAGCCGCCACACAGAUCCUUUUUCUUGACGAUGAGAAGGUACUGAAGAUGAUGCCGCUUGUGGUGGAUGUCAAAAAAAUUGUGGACUUCAUGCGCUCUGCAGGUGAAGUAGUUCCAGUUCCUCGGGUGUUCGAAUACAGGUACUCGGGGAACUGCAGCUACAUGGUGAUGGAACAAAGGCCUGGAUAUACGCUUGGUGACUCAUCAGCAAAGCACGGGCUCUCACACAACGACUUGACCCCGGGGAACAUCCUCGUCAACGACGAUUGGUCUAUCGAUGCUAUCAUCGACUGGGACCGCUGUGACACCGUUGGACGGUCUGCAGAAUAUGAAAAGAUGAUCUGUCGGCCCUACGACCCCGAUUACCAGCAUAUCUUCUUGCGUUCUUCAGUUGACCGGCUCGGUUCACUGUCCCUCAACCCUGUAGACGGUGGUCCCAAAUGUUUAAGUCAUUUCGAUUUUCCCUUACCGAGGCCUUACGGUAGCCCAGCGAUUACGGCCGAUCUCGCGGCACCCAGUACCCUUGCAGACGUGCACGAGGGUCUUCGCCUCCCAGACAGUUCUAUGAACAGCCUACGAUUUGCUGUUAUUUAUUUUUCAGGGACCAUGGUUUUCCCGAGCACAUCUAAACCGCUCUCGUGGACGAGCUACUGCAUGGUGCUUUCCGUGGCGCAUCGAUCUGCGCGCUACUCUCCCAAGCGGGCUUAA